GCAUUUGACAGACAAAGUCCGUUUAUUCACGCACACCCUCAGGAUAACUGCUGCAGUUACCUAUUGCCCUGCGAUUCGACAAUACAAUUCAACUUUAACGAUUAGUUAUUCUUUUAAUUCUGUGAUCCUGACAACAUAUCAACGAUGUUCAGUACUAUACUGUUAAUACUAUUGAUAUUAAUGCUUCUGAUAACAUGGGUGACCAUACGACAUUACAAAGCACCGUGUAAGAACUUUCCACCUGGGCCGUGGGGAUUGCCACUCCUCGGUAGUUCCGCAUAUUUCAGCAAGCAUAUAUAUAAAACCAUGUGGGAGCUUUCGAAGAAGUAUGGCAGCGUUUACAGUGUAAAGAUGGGACCGGACUGCAGAGUUAUUGUAGUUGGAUCAGAUGCAAUAAAAGAAUGUCUGGUGAAGAAAGGAAAUGACUAUGCAGACAGGCCUCCUCUGUGGGUCUUUCAACUGAGCAACCCUCAUGCAUAUGGUAUUACGAGCGCCCGUUUUGAUGAUGCAUUUCAACGUCGGAGACGUUUCUGUCACACAACUCUGCGGGGACUUGGUUUUGGAAAGACAAGCUUUGAAAGUAAAAUAACAGAAGAGAUUUCUGUUUUGCUAGAUCAUUUCAAGAGGAAGUUAGAUAUCCCUUUAGAAGUUAAAGACAUUAUAAACAGAAGUGUAUCAAACAUAAUUUGUUCCAUCACAUUUGGCAAGAGGUUCGAAUAUACAGAUCCAGAAUUCAUUUACAUGAUCGACACAAUGCACAAAUGGUUUGCGAUGAUUCAAAAGAUAUUCAGAUUAAAUGCGAUGGCAUUUUUAAGACCUUUUUACAAAAAUGAAAUUAAUCACUGCGCUAAUCUAGGAAAGAAUCUGCAUAGAUUCUGUCGACAACAGAUAGAUGACCAUCAUGCAAAAUUCAACGAGGACAAUAUCCGCGAUUUCAUAGAUACGUAUUUGGCUGAAGCACAAAAACGGCACAACAGUGACGGCUUUUGUGAUGAAGACCUACAAUCAGUUUUAGUUGAUCUUUUUGUUGCUGGCACAGAAACCACGGCAACCACUCUCAACUGGGCUUUGUUGCUUAUGAUUCUCCAUCCUUCAAUCCAAGAAAAGGUGUUCCAUGAAAUAAAGGAGAAUGUUGGAAUGAAUAGACUGCCAAAACUUGAUGAUCGUAAACACCUGCCAUACACUGAAGCCACUCUGCUUGAAAUACAGCGAUUUGCUUGUAUUGCACCAUACACAUUAUCACAUUCGGCGUUAACAGACAGUACCCUGUGUGGAUAUAAUAUUCCUAAAGGAAUGGUUGUCCUUUUAAUACUGUGGUCUCUCCACCAUGAUCCGAAGUUGUGGCCGGAACCAAAUAAAUUUGAUCCAAAUAGAUUCUAUGAUGCGAGUACAGGGACGGUGAUUAAACAUGAAAGUUUUAUGCCCUUUUCAGCUGGUAGACGUAUGUGCAUGGGAGAACAACUGGCCAAACAUGAACUCUUUCUAUACUUCUCAUCUAUGAUGCAACAGUUCCAGUCAGUUAAAAAUCACCAAUUAUUGAUAAACUUGUUUAAAAGUAAACAAUCACUAGAGGAAGCUAAGUUAAUUAUACCAUAG